CCCCGCGCAUGCGCAGAGGCGGCGGCGGCAGCAGCAGCAGCAGCAGCAGCAGCAGCAGCAGGAGCAGCCCCGGUAGCGAGCGGAGCCGCAGCCGGAGUCAUGCCGGGCCUGCUGCUGGGCGACGAGGCGCCCAACUUCGAGGCGGAGACCACGCAGGGCCGCAUCCGCUUCCACGACUUCCUGGGAGACUCAUGGGGCAUCCUGUUCUCCCACCCACGGGACUUCACGCCCGUCUGCACCACAGAGCUUGGCCGGGCGGCGAAGCUGGCACCCGAGUUCAGCAAGCGCAACGUGAAGAUGAUCGCCCUCUCUAUUGACAGCGUCCAAGACCACCUCUCCUGGAGCAAGGACAUCAAUGCAUACAAUGGGGAACAACCCGAGGAGAAACUUCCCUUCCCCAUCAUUGCUGAUGCGAACCGGGAGCUCGCUGUCAAGCUGGGCAUGCUGGACCCAGAUGAGCGGGACAAGGAUGGCAUGCCCCUGACUGCUCGUGUGGUAUUCGUUUUUGGCCCGGAUAAGAAGCUGAAACUCUCCAUCCUGUAUCCAGCCACCACUGGGAGAAAUUUUGAUGAGAUCCUGAGAGUUGUGGACUCCCUGCAGCUGACGGCAUACAAGAAGGUUGCUACCCCUGUAGACUGGAAGCCUGGUGACAGCGUCAUGGUUGUUCCCACCUUACCUGAUGAGGAAGCCAAGAAGCUCUUUCCCAAAGGAGUCUUCACAAAAGAUCUCCCAUCAGGCAAGAAGUACCUGCGUUACACCCCACAGCCAGAGUGAGUGGGCCUGCCCGUUUGCCCCGCCGGGCUGCAGGUCGUUUGGCGUCAGGAGCCUUCCCUGUGCCCGCUCCUGCCUCCCUGACACUGCACGAUCAGCGGUCUCGUACUGUUACACUCACCGAUGGUGCAUCGCAAUACUAAAUCAGUCCUCCCCAUCCCCCACGUCCCCUCAAAACUAAACCCCUGGGUGUUUUCUUGCCUUGAAUCAGCCCCGCAAGGAAGAGGUUAGCAGACUAAUGGGAGACUCCAGGGCUCGCGCUCUGGAGUCUCUCCUGUUCAGCGCCAGCCGAGCUUUUCCUGGAGGCGCAGUGAGAAGCGUGGUGUCAGCAGCCAGGCCCCAGAGGGUUGUCCUGCUGGUCUCACACACCUCCCAUCAGGGAGCUUUGGGGGCUCCAAACUGCUGCGUGCCUUUUGGAGCAGCUGUCACUAAUGCAUUAACACCUUUGUCUGGUCCCGUGCGUUAGGGAGGAGCUGCAGAGCCAAAUCUCUCACUUCCUACUGCUUUCUUAUCUCUUGCUGGAAGUUGAUUGUUUUCAGGUUUUAGGGAAGACGGAAUAGAGCAAAUAAACUGAUGUUCAGUACUA